AUGGAAAGAUUUUUAGGUAGACAAGAGAUAGCGAACAUGAUAACCUUCUUGAAGAGACUUAGAAUUUGCAAAUAGGAUUUUAAAAAUCAAAUCACUUUGUAGGAAGCUUAGAGCGAAACAGCAGAGACUAGUUACACAGGAGGUUCUAAUGCAUAAGCUUUGAAACAUAGUUCUUUAAAUGAAAGUAAGAGAAGUGGGAUUGCUUCUUCUAAUGCUGGGCUCCUUACUUCUUAGGUAUUUUUCAAGCGCAAAUCGAUUAACAAUUAAUUGAGCAAAUCUCAGUCUUUGUCUUAGUUUAGAAGUUAAAAUAAAACAUAGUAUUCAGGUAAAAUUAAUAGUAACACAACUAGCCAUUUUUAGGGAAAGGCAGCAGCAGCUCCUGCUCGCUCAAUCAAUGAUCUUCUCCAUAGAAACAAUGUUACUUUAGAUAUUUAGCAAUCUAUGGCUUAGAUGGAGUAAAUCACUUAAGAGGUAAUUAAGUAAAACGCGUUUGAAUUGUAAAGUUAGUAGGAGUAGUUGUAGAAGUUACAGGGGAAAUUUCAAAGGCAGAAUAAUGAGUUACACAAUUCCAAAGACAGAAGUUUGGAUAGUCAAAAUAGUGGAUAGAUGAGUUAAGUCUAAACAAGACAGUAUUUUAUACAGGUUUAGUAAAAGCUUUAGAAGGCUCAAAAUGAUUUUAUUAAUAAUAUUCAGUACCGAAAUUCAUAAGAAGAGAAAAUCAAAUCUCAGCCAGAUUAAAUCAAUAAUUUCAUUUCUUUUGAUAAGUUAUAAUAAUAAUCUCGCUAAAGAGAUAACUCGAAAAUGGACGAUUCCAGUUAAAUUAGUAGGACGAUCUAUCCAUCACCUCAAACUGAAUAAAAGGGUUAUUAGAGUGCAACAAAAUCUAAUUUUAAGUAUUCAUUUCAUGUAGGCAACACUGCAAAUAAAUAACCUAUAGAAAUGUCUUAAUACAGAAAAGCAAGUGAUAAUAAUAUUUUCAGCUUGACAGGCUAGUAAAUAAAUGUUAAUUAGACAAGAGAUAAGCUCCCUCACCAGGAUGUGUUAUCACUUUGUAAUUAAAAUUUUAUUGACAAUUUAAAUGCAUUGAGAAAAGUAAUUCGAAAGGAGUAAUAAAUAGAUUAUCAGAGAAACAAUUAGGAAGAAAUUCAAAAUUAGCAAAUGAAUAAAUCUAUUUAAAAUCAAAAGAGAGAUUCUUAAAAAAUACAAGGCUUAGAAGGUCAUUCUAUCAAUAAAUAAAAUAACAAAGUUCUAAUUAACAAAUUACUAGCUGAUAGCUAUUAAAACAGGAAGUUGACAUACCUUAAAUCAGAGAUAAAUGAUUAAAACUAAUUUAAUUAAGAUUAUAAAUAAACAGAUAAAAAUUACAAAAAGUUAAACUCAUUAAGAGUUGAAAACAAGUUAGACAGAUCUCACGGACUUGAAAACUGGAAAGGCUCAAAUUAUUUUAAGAAUUUUAAUAAUUAUUAGAAAUCCUUCACUCUCAAAAAUCUUAAAGGAGCGUUUGAUUAAAAUUCGAAUUUAAACCCAAAUGGCACACCUAAAAAUCAACAAUACUACUUGCAAGACACUGUCAAAUAGUCAGACCAUCUUAGCAAUAAAAGCAGACCACUAAAGCAGCUAAUUAAUUAAUAAAAUGAACGAGAAUAGUAAUUCAAUGACAGUUAAUUGUCAAAUGAUCUAGAAAUGUAACUUGAUGGAAGUCAGUUGUUAAAUUUGUAAGAAAAUAAUAUCCUUAACCGAAAAGAGAGCUAAAUGGGUGAAAAUGACCAACUUAAUAAUACAAAUUCUUCAUUUUAGAAUGUUGAUCACAGUGCAUAGAGUUCUUUUUAUAAAAUACUGAAAAAAUAAAACAUGGAAAUUCUAGGCAAUAACAAUGGAGGAAACGUAUAAAAUUAUGAUAUAAUAGAUUAAAAAUUUGACAAAAUAUUUUAGACAAGGUUCCAUAAAAAUUUAGCCAUUCGUAAAGUUGAUAUGGUGUAUAAUAUAAAGCACUUGGCUAUUCUCAAAUACUAGAGAGAAAAAAAACUCUUAGAGGGAUCACAGGAUCCUAAAGAUCUUCUUGAAUAUAUUUCUGCUAAAAAUAAAAUCCAAAUACUUCUUUUGAAUGCAAAGAAAAUUAGCAACUUGGAAAAAGUAGCCUAAAUCAUAGAAAACAAAAUAAAUUAACAAAACAGUCGCAUAAACAGUAUAGUCGAUUAGCUUCUUAUAAAAUUCGACAUAAAUUAGACUCAAUGA